AAAAAGAUGUAAACAAUUUCUAACGUGACACUGAUCAAAUUUCAGAUUUUCAUUACUCGUUUGAUAUUGACUUAAAUAUUUAGCGUUUAUCUGUAUAAUAAUCUUAAAUAUGAGUGACAAAGUGGCUGUUGAUAAAGCUACUUUCAAUUUUGGUCAAUGGACAGUACAAGCCAAUAAAAGCCAUAUUUUGCAAUCGAGAUGUACUCAACCGCUUCAGUGUAAUGUUCAGAAUGAGGGAACGCCGGUUGACAAAUCUGUUUUGUGUGAUUUUUGUUUGUAUGAAAAAGAACUUGAACUUCCACAAUUACCAGAAAUGUUAUUUGCCAGCAAUAGCCUAAAAUUAGAACAUGAUAAUGGUUUUGGAAUAGAAUUCAAUGCUUUAGAUGCAUUGAAAUUAGUAGACAGUAAAAAUGAUGUCAUGAAAGUUGCUGUGGCUGAAGCCUGGCAAGAAUCAAGAGUGGAAGACUGUAAAAUAAAAGAUGUAGUAAAGCCAUUCGAUUGGACUUACACUACUCGUUAUAAAGGAACAUUAUUUGGAGGUACUGAAAUUUUCAAAGUGACACCAACAGAAGAGCGAAUCAAUGUUGAGAAAUUGAAAGUGAAAUCCAAAAUUUUAUUUUAUCAGGACAUUAUAUUAUUUGAAGAUGAACUGGCUGAUAAUGGAACUGCUCAACUUUCAGUUAAAAUGAGGAUUAUGCCCGAUAGUUUCUUAAUACUUCUGAGGUUUUUCUUAAGAGUGGAUAAUGUGCUGGUGCGAAUAAUCGAUACUCGAAUUUUUCAUGAGAUUGGAAAGAAUUACCUUUUAAGGGAACAUACAGCAAAAGAAAAUAAGAUAAAGGAUCUACAAGUAAGCAUAGCUCUACUGAAUACUCCUGCGGACCUUUGGGAUCAUCUGAGCACAGUGUCAUAUGAAAAUGAAAAAAUUGAAUUCUAAUCAUGUAACAGAUAUUCUGUAUCAUCCUGUAAAUAUAUUUUAUUAUGAAACUAAAAGGUUCAUUUAUUCCUCUAAACAUCUGUUAUUGUCUUUCAUACCUCAUUAUAGAAAUAAAUUGCAAACAUUAAUUUAUAUAUCCUCGUUUUGAAGGAAUAUUAAAUAUUUAUAAAUAUAUAAUUUUUUUAAACUUUGUAACAUUAGAAAUAGUUAAAGAUCUUUAUGAAAUAAUUGAAGUAAAUUUGAAAGUAUUAUUAAUAAAGUGCAUUAUUUUUUUUCUAAUUGUUGAAUCUUUUAUUGCUAUUAGAUGAAGAUAAAUUUUAGAAAAACUUUGAUUCAUAAUUUUUGAUAACACAAUUACUGAAGUCUUAUUAAAUGCCUUCCAAGACAUUGUAGCCGAAUUGAAUUUUAGUAAUUUUGAUAAUUCCUUAGAGAAUGAAUAGUAUAUGUAAAUAUGUUAAAUAAUACUUAAAUAUGUUAAAUAUUACUUUUUGAUUGCAUAAAAAUAUCAGAGGGCAGAAAGGAAAGAUUUAAUUUUAAAAGGAUUAAAAAAGUGUAUAUGCUUGUAUUAAAUAAUUGUCUGAUCUGUUAAUUUAUAUAAACUAUUUCCAUUUAUAAGGAAUAUUAAUUAUUAUUACAAAAAAUAAUCUAUUCAGGUGUAAGCAGACAAGUAAUUAUUUCUAAAUUAACAUUCUUUUUAUGUUUCAUUGUUGUCUUGACUUAUAACAUUACUUAUAGCAUUAUUUAAAGCAUACUUUAAAAUAUUUUAUUUGUAUUGUACUUAUAUCUAUACAAUUGUAUGGUUUCUUUUGUAAAAUUUUAAUUGCUGAAACUGUAUAAAGCUUCGUAGAAAUAAAUGUAUUAGCAAUGAACUUAAUUUAACAAAUGCAUGCUCCUUGCAGUCAGUGAAAAAUAUAUUCAUAUUUAAAUUUAUUAAAAUCUGUGUUAUCAGUUUAGAAAUAUAGAUCACAAAAAUUUAUUUAUUUUAAUUGAAAAUAACAUUGAUUUGGAAAUUUUACUAGAAAUUGAAUCACCGUUUAAAAUUUUCCUAAAUCAAGUUUGCAAAUUUCUAAAUUAUUCAGUUUUAUAGGAAUAAUUUUUAUUUCUCUAGCUAAUUCAUAAAUUCAGCCUUUUCUUUUUAAUUAAUGCUAUUUUAAGGGCAUCUAUUAUUUAAAUUAUUUAUUUAUUUUUGUUUUUAUUUUAAAAUGAAAUGACAAAUGAUGAUUUUAUAUAAUUUUUUAACUGUAAAAUGUAGAAUAGUAUUUAAAAUAUUAAAAGUUCCUUUUAUGUAAAUAUUUUUAGAAUUUUCAUUUAUAUAUCUGUAUUGUUUUAAAUUGCUUUUUAAAUUUCUAAGAAAUAGUUUACUUCUUAUAUGUAAAGUUUACUUCUUCAAAAAUUUCUUACUUAUAAGGGCUGUUUCCUUUUCUUUUCUUCUCCUACCCCCUCCUGUUUUACAUUUUUAACAUUAAACAAAAGUAUAAAGCAAUAAAUGUGCCUGUUCUCUGGUGUAGUAAUAUAAAGCAAUACUUUUGAAUAUAUGGUUCAAAUAUAUACAUAUAUAUAUUAUGUAAAAAUAUUUUAAUAUUAUUAUUUCUAGUUUCCUAGAUUCAUAUUUUUUUGUCUUUAAAUCCUAUUUAGCUCAUCAUAAUUUCAGAUUUUUUUAUAUAACUAGUUUUUAUUAUGAUGAAAUAAUUAGAUAUUUAUUUUUUUAUACAUAUAAUAUUCAUAUAAUUUUAAUUCGUUGCAUUUUUCUAAAUAAAAUACAAAAGACACGUGCUAUUAAUAAAUGAAUGAAUAUUAAUUACAUUAUUCUUAUUUAUGAAAUGAAUAUUUCCCUUGUAUGUGUCAGAAUAUUUGUAAAAGAAACUCGUUUCUAAGCUUGUGCUUUCUUUUUUAAUGUUUAGAAGUAGGGUAUAUGUCAGUUUGUAUUUCAUGCAACCUUUGAUGAAUUAAAAAAAUAUAUAAAAAUAAAGAGUUGUUUAUUUUAAUUAACUUAAUGUAAAUUUAUUAUUGAAAAGUUUAUAAAUGUUUUAUUAUUUCCACCAUUUAGAAAUUGCUUCUGUAUUGGAAACUUUUGUUUUAAUGAUGAUACUCUUAAAUAGGGUUGUCAGGUGCUACAUGUGACUCUAAGUGAUUGUCUUUGUAACUUAGCUGACUUAGCAAAUAUAACAGAAUAUUUGUAAAAGAAACUCGUUUCUAAGCUUGUGCUUUCUUUUUUAAUGUUUAGAAGUAGGGUAUAUGUAGGGUAUAAAAGUAAAAUAAAAAAAACUGUGGUAUUUUAAAAAACCUAAUUAUUUAUGAUUUUUAAUUACAAACCACAACAUUUGCCAAUGUCUUAUCAUUAGUUAUUUUUCCCCGAUACGAAACAGUGAAUAUUUUAUUAAUGAAUCUUUUAUUAAUUAUCUAGCAUAUGCUUAAAAUUCUAGUCUUUGUAAGAAGACUAUUUAAAAAAAAUAAUAAAACUCUAUCAUCUUAAAAAUUAGCAGGCAAAUGUUUUGUGCUUUAGAACUUUGAAACUAGGGUUAAAGAUUAAAAGAAAAUUUUCUUUGUUUUCUGCAACUUUUUUUUUCUAUAGAUGUGGAAGCAAUGCCUAACUAUAUGCAAAUAGAAGUAAUUGAGACUCAAUUCUGUCCAUAUUUGAAGGCAGCAUGUAGUGAAAUUGGAAUGUCUGAAUAUAUGCCAGUUAAAAUUGAAAGUGGCUGAAAACUGGAUUUUACUUAUGAACUUAUGAGUGCUAGCAAUUAUUUAUACAGAUGACACAAAUCUUUUGCCAGGUUUAGAAGUGCUGACCAUUUGUCAGUUUUGAAAGUAAUGAACAAGAUCAAGAUAUCCCUUAUGUAGAAGAGAUGGCAGCAGCAAAGGAAUGCCAAGUUAUAAGAUUUUUUUUUGUAUUUUCAACAUAUAUUUGUGUGUCUCUAAAAAUUAAAGUUUUUACUCUUUUCUGACUACUUAAGCAUAGUUUUUAUUUACCAGCCAUUACCAUUUCUUUAUUUUAUUUACCAGCAUUUAAGUUUGACACAUUUACUUUUAUACAAUUAAGUAACCUCUGUGGAAUAUUUAUUCCCUACCGUCACCAACCCUUAUGAAAUUUGUUGCAAUUUCUUUUCUUCACAGAUGAAUCAAAUGUCAGACUGAUUUGUAUUUAAUUCAACAGAAAUGAAUUCUGUAUCAACUGUUUGAUUCAAUAUUUAAAAUACAACUUUUUUAAAGAAUUGUUAUAAUUCUUUUUUCAUCAUUGCUUACUUUCAUCCUUUAUUUGGUUGUGAUGCUUCAUUAGAUGUAUCUGGCGAAUUUGAGUAUUCUUCAAAAAGUUUCUCAAGUUCUUCAACUUUGCUUUCAAAAUUUAUGUUAUUAAGUUUGCUGAUGAGUUCAAUGUUUGCAACAGCACAAUCGACUAGGGAAAAAAUUAUUAAGAAUUUCUAAGAUAUAUAGUAUGAAGUUUGAAACAAUAAUUUUAAUGUAUAUACUUAUUAAAUAAUUGUAA